UCGCACGAUGACAUCUGCACACUUUGUCUUCUGUUUGACGUAUUUAUUUCUAGGGAAGAUGGCUCAGAAGAUCCAUCUGACAUCAUCUUCAAUGGUUCAUCAAGAAACUGGUUUUAUAUCAGCUCAUAUUGGAGACCAUGUGACUUUGAAAUGUAACUAUAAUAAUAAUCCAACGUGGCUUUACUGGUACAUGCAACCUCUGGGAGAAAAACCUAAGCGCAUCUCAACUUUUUACAUAAAAGGCAUGACAGUCACCUUUAAUGAAAUUUCCAAGAACAAUUCACGCUUCACUCUGGACAUAAAAAAAAGUAAUCACCACUUAACAAUUUCAGAUCUGAACCUUUCAGACUCAGCCACAUACUACUGUGCAGCUCGAAGUGUAAUCAUUUUGGAUUUUGCAGAGGGUAAAACAGUCACUGUGAAGGAUUCAGAUUUAAACAUCCAGGCGUUGAUCCAUCAGUCGUCAUCUGAGACCAUCCAGCCAGGAGACUCUGUGUCUCUGAACUGCACAGUACACGCUGGGAGCUGUGGAGGAGAACACAGUGUUUAUUGGUUCAAAGAGUCUGAAAAACCUCAUCCAGCCCUCAUUUACACUCAUGGAGCCAGGAAUGAUCAGUGUGAGAGGAAAUCUGCCUCAGAAAUUCACACUUGUAUGUACCACCUGCCGAUGAAAAACCUGAAUGUGUCUCAUGCUGGGACCUACUACUGUGCUGUUGCUUCAUGUGGACACAUACUGUUUGGAAACCAGACCAAACUGGACUUCACAUCAGGUGACUCUGUUCUGGUGUAUUUCUUGACUGGAACCUUGACGUUCACCUCCAUCCUGGCAGUUGUACUUAUUUUCCAAAUGUACAAGAUGAGCAAAAUAAUUCAAUCUGCAGAGGAAAGGUUUCCAGCUCCACCCGCAGCAAGCACAGGGUGUCCCAAUCAAGACACAGCUAGUCCACAAUAUGCUGCUUUAGAGCUUAACCAAGCCAACAGAUCCAGAAGACAGAGGAGCACCACCAACAGCGAUUGUGUUUAUUCCAGUGUACGGCUGUAGUGCUGAACUUGUUUAGCUGUUCAAGGAAUAAAUGUUUGAUAUCCAGGUAGAUAAAACUCCCUUUGUACUUCACCUUUGUUCUGCAGCAAAAAGAUAAAAACUUAAGUUUGCGCUAAACUGAGAAAUUUUAAGCUCCUAUAUUGUGUUUUCGGUCUCAAGCAGAAGGUUUCUUGAUUAAAACAUUUAGUUUUAUCUCUUUUUUAUUUCUUUACAUAUGACUUAAUAUUUUAAACCCAUAAUAAUAAAUAUCAAAUUAAACAUUGGUCAUCAUCUCAAAUGAGGAUUUACUCUUUGUAGAUUUACAGUCAUCUCCAUUUAGUCCUAUAUGAGUGUUUUAGAUCAAAAAUGCCUGAAAUGCUGGACGUGAGUGUAUUCAGUUGCA